AAGGCGGCACUGCCCAAACCACCUCUUUGGCCGUAUCGCACAGCGCUCACCCAUACACGCACGCACACGGUCUCCACUGCCACUCCACUCCCACCGCCGCUGCUACAUCAGCAGCAAGCGGCCGGUGGUGUAGCGCCGGGCAAUCCAACACACCUAUGGCCCAGAUGAUCUCCACCAUGCCUAUGCUGGACGCCGCCCCGGCCGCGUCCGCCAUUAUGGCGCCCAAACUGCAGGCCGCCGCCGCCGCCUGCCUGGACGCGCCGCCCUCGGGCAUCACCGUCGUGUCGAGGCAGCACGUUCGCCCGGACGCCGCGUCCGCGAUCGGCGACCUCACGCUGUCCGUCUCCGACCUGCCCAUGCUGUCGUGCCACUACAUCCAGAAGGGGCUCUUCUUCCCGGCGCCCGACCUGCCCAUGCCCUCGCUCGUGUCGCUGCUCCUGUCGUCGCUGUCCCGAGCGCUCGCCGUCGUCCCGGCCCUCGCCGGCCGCCUCGUCACGCUGCCCGACGACCGCAUCGUCAUCCGCUGCAACGACGCGGGCGUGGACUUCCUCCACGCCGUCGCGCCCGGCCUGUCGCUUGACGACUUUCUCGUCCCUGACGCCGACGUGCCCACCAAGUUGACAAAGGACUUGUUCCCCAUGGACCGGACCGUGAGCUACGAAGGCCACCGUCGCCCGCUCACGUCGUUCCAGGUCACCGUGCUCGGUGACGGCGCCGUCUUUAUCGGCAUCGUCGCCAACCACGCCGUCGUGGACGGCACCUCCUUUUGGCAAUUCUUCAACACCUGGGCGGCCAUCUGCCGCGGCGAGUCACCCAAGAUGCCGGACUUCCGCCGAAACUUCUUUGGCGAGUCCACCGCCGUCCUCCGCUUCCCCGGCGGCGUCGGCCCGUCGGUGACCUUCGACGUGGACGCGCCUCUCCGUGAGCGCGUCUUUCACUUCAGCGCCGACGCGAUUCGCGAGCUGAAAACAAUCGCCAACCGUCGUCCGAGCGGUGGCCAAGACGCCGAGGUUUACGGCAAGAUGGCGCAUGACCCCAAGAAUCCCCAAGUGCUGCGCGGGGAGAUCUCGUCGUUCCAGUCGCUGUGCGCGCAGAUAUGGCUCGCGGUGACGCGUGCCCGGAAACGCCUGGCGCCCGACGCGACGACGACGUUCCGAAUGGCGGUGAACUGCCGGCACCGGCUGCAGCCGGCCAUCUCCCCUGUCUACUUUGGCAACGCCAUCCAGAGCGCUGUAACGCUGGCGACGGUGUCGGAGCUGGCUCGCAGCGAUCUUAGGUGGGCGGCGGGCAAGCUGAAUGAGAGCCUCGCGGCGUACGGCGACGGCACUAUCCGGCGCGCGGCGGCGGCGUGGCAGGCCGCGCCCCGGUGCUUCCCGCUGGGCAACCCCGACGGCGCGGUGAUCACGAUGGGGAGCUCGAACCGGUUCCCGAUGUACGAGGGCAACGACUUCGGGUGGGGACGGCCCCUCGCCGUACGGAGCGGGCGCGCCAACAAGUUCGACGGCAAGAUGUCGGCGUUCCCGGGACGCGCCGGGGACGGCAGCGUGGACAUCGAGGUGUGCCUGCCACCGGAGACCAUGGCGGCGCUGCUCCGCGACGCCGAGUUCAUGCAGUACGUGUCGUGCCCGUCGCAUCUGUUGUGAUGUACUGUACCGGUGCCGUGCGUGCGGGCGCGAGUGGGGGCCAUCGGCCGUCGUGACAUGCCGUCGGGCGGCGUCAGCGCUGCUGUUUGGAUUGCUCGGUCGUCCUUGCCUUUCGCGAGUACUACUAGCUUAGCUGGUACCAAGACAUUGUAUCUGUCUCGCUUUUUCGGAGUGCUGCGUGUAAUCGUGUUAGUUAGCAACUACUUGUAGUACUUGGAAUUUGGAAAUGACUCUUAUGCUGCAGCCUGCAAGCGAUGCAACAGCGGGGACAAUAUGAACCGUGUAGCAAGAGUUAGAAACAAGUUUCUCAAAAUGUUGGCACUACUGAACAGUUCAUCAGAUCGCGAAAGCUACCUUGUUAAAAGCUA